AUGACUAUCUGCUCCGGGUGCGGAGCCGCGACGGAUGCCACCAUAUGCUGCCCCAUAUGUCUGAAAAACAACAAGAAGAUAUUUUACUGCUCACAAGAAUGCUUCGAGACCAACUACAGUGAACACAAGAAAAUCCACUACUUCAUGAAAAUGAUAAGCAGCGAGGAAAUGCACAGCAAGAUGCUGGAGCGGGACGGCGACAGCGAGAGGCACAACUUGCCCGUGAUAAUACUAGGGGACGAGAGGGGCGACGAGAACGAGGGGGAGGUGGUAGACAGGUCGUCCUUCCAGGGGCACCUCUCCGCGGAGCGCGACAACUGCGAUGUUAGCGGAAAGGAUGACAUCAGGGGAAAUCAUGACAUCAGCGGAAACUACGACGUCAGUGGAAACUACGACCUUAGCGACCAUCGCGAGGGGAGCGGUCCCUACCCAGCCAGCGUGGAAACCAAGAAAGGGCUGAAAAAUAGCAAGUUGGAAAAUAUGUACCGGAAAAAGAAUAACAAAAAAUAUAAGACUAUAAGCAACAAUGAAUACCUGUUUGACGACUCCAGUGAACAGAACGAGACGAGUGACAACAACUCCUAUAAGGGAAACCACAAAAGAAGUAAACUAUCCAACUACAUGCACAAAAUGUCAGGCUACCUCUUCUGCAAUAAGUACAACAUGAUACUUCCAUACUACAACGAUAUGUCGGUCAAACUAGACAAAAUGAACUUAAAAAACGCAAAGGGGAAAAAUAAACUGAGCGAGAAGAAGAUACAGGAAAUAAAAAAACAGAUAAAGAAGAAGAAGAUUUUCCAACUAACCAUUCUCCUGGUAGUCAUAUCGAUUGUCGUAAUUUUGGCUACCUGUAUAUUCUCGUACAUCCUUGAAACGUCACAGAAGAAUCUCCAAAUAAACUCCGAAAUUUUAUUAAACAAAAAUAAUGCUGCGAAGAAUGCCGAGAUUGUGGAACUGAAGUCCUACAUCAACGUCAUAGAAGAUUUGCGAAAAGAGAUUUAUGAAAUGAAGGAAGUCCUAUACACACAUAAUGUUUUUUUAAAUAAAAAUUUUAACCUGAACAUGUCAUACACUUUAUUUAACAAUUCGAACAAACUGAAGUCAAGCCCUGCUGCUACGCAUAGUAAGAAGACGGCAGAUAAGUUGGGGAGCCUCACUUCGCACCUGUUUUAUGAUGACCCCUCUUCUACCUCCCAUGGGAUUAAUAAUUAUGGGAAUGCUGGAGGGGAUGGAAAAGCCGACCAUUUUGACAGCCCCGUCCAUCUAACUCAACACCAUUAUGAUAUCAAUGAUAUUCACAAGGUAAGCAAUGGCACCGAUGGGGAAAUCGCUAAGCAUGAGGUAGGAGAAAUUAAUCUUCCCAGUCGCACAGAUGGGGAAGGAGAACAUCACCAUCUGCAAAUGAAAGACUUGAGAGAAUCGUUUCAAUCGAAUGGUGUAGAAAAUGCGGACAAAGUUGUAGGAGGGGACACCCCUUCACAGAAUGGGGGGACCCAACCGGGGCUGCCGAAGGAUCAUGCAAGUGGUGGGCUUCCCUUUGGGGAGGUACACCUGGGUGGUGAAAACAGGAGCGAAUCGAGUGGAGACCCCAUCGCAAGCGAAAAGGAACUGAUGCAGGAAAAUGUGAAAAAUUUUAUAAAAAAUCACAACCUGCCGAAUAACUUGGAGCAGGCAAAAAUAAGUAACGUAAUCGUCAAUGAAGAGAAACCCAUAAACUCCAAAAAUCUCAUGGAAGAAAAUAACGGCGCCACGAGUGGCAAGCAAGAAGUGGAGAUAAACAACGCGCCCAAUGAAAAUGACAUACAUAGUCACGAGGAAAAGCUGAAACAUAAGAAGUAUACCUCCAAAACGGAGGGGGGUGAUGGGGAAAGCAACACAGAGAGAAAAUUCGUCAGUAGCAAAAUCAGCAAAAAGAAACAAAACACGAUUUGA